CACAAGUGCCGCAAGACAAGCUCACGGGCUCUAUCUCUCUUUCUUGGAUUUAGCUUAGUCCCACAUAAACAUACACACACAGUACUGUUCUCUCUCUCUCUAAAAAAAUGGGUACCAAAAGAACUACUCCAAUGGCUACCAAAAUGUUUUGCAUUUUCUCACUCAUGCUCCUCCACAGCCCAAUUCAUGCAAGACCCAUCAAAACCAUUGUUGUCCUUGUGAUGGAGAACAGGUCCUUUGAUCACAUGCUGGGUUGGAUGAAGAAACUGAACCCAGAAAUCAAUGGUGUCACUGGCUCUGAAUGGAAUGCACUAUCUGUCACUGACCCAAACUCCAAGCGAUUCUACUUCAACAACCGGUCCCGAUACGUGGACCCUGACCCAGGCCACUCUUUCCAAGCCAUACGUGAACAAGUGUUUGGGUCUAAUGACACCUCAGCUAACCCACCUCCCAUGAAUGGCUUUGUUCAACAAGCUUUCUCUAUGGAUAACACUACCACCAUGUCUCAAGAUGUCAUGAAUGGCUUUGACCCCGACACCGUUCCUGUCUACAAAGCUCUCGUCUCUGAAUUUGCAGUGUUUGACAGGUGGUUUGCUUCAAUACCCACCUCGACACAGCCGAACAGGCUUUACGUGCAUUCAGGAACUUCAGCUGGAUUAACAACCAACAUCGCCGCAGAACUAUCAAAGGGACUCCCACAAAGAACAACGUUUGAAGACCUUGCCGAUGCCGGAAUAUCCUUCGGCAUAUACUACCAGUCUCUACCCACAACCCUUUUCUACAAAAACCUAAGGAAGCUCAAGUACGUGGGCAACUUCCAUGAAUACGACUUGUCGUUUAAGAAUGAUGCAAAAAAAGGCAAGCUCCCAGGUUAUGUUGUGGUGGAACAGCGUUACUUUGACAAUAAAUUGUCCCCAGCCAAUGAUGAUCAUCCAUCACAUGAUGUGUACAACGGUCAAAUGUUUGUGAAGGAGGUGUAUGAGACACUGAGGGCUAGCCCACAGUGGAAUGAAACCCUUUUGGUGAUCACGUAUGAUGAGCAUGGUGGGUUCUAUGAUCAUGUGCCUACACCAGUGAGUGGGGUCCCUAACCCUGAUGGGAUUGUGGGACCUGAACCUUUUCAUUUCAAGUUUGAUCGAUUGGGUGUUAGGGUCCCUACCAUUGUCAUCUCUCCUUGGAUUAAAAAGGGCACUGUUGUCCAUGGGCCCAAUGGUUCACCAUUUCCAACAUCAGAAUAUGAACACUCAUCCAUUCCAGCAACAGUGAAGAAGCUUUUCAACUUGUCCUCACCCUUUCUAACCAAGAGGGUUGAAUGGGCUGGCUCCUUUGAAGGACUUGUCCAAACAAGAAAAGAACCCAGAACUGACUGCCCAGUUAAACUUCCUACUCCAGUGAAGAUUAGGAGUACUGAGGCUAAUGAAGAGGCCAAGGUGACUGAAUUCCAGCAAGAGCUAUUGCAGCUAGCGGCUGUCCUAAAAGGAGAAAAUGUCUUCACAAGUUUCCCAGACAAAAUAGGGAAGGGAAUGAAUGUUAGGCAAGGGAAGGAGUAUGUAGAUGAUGCUGUAAAACGCUUCUUUGAGGCUGGGCUAUACGCCAAGAAAAUGGGAGUUGAUGGAGAACAAAUUGUCCAAAUGAGGCCCUCUCUCACUACAAGGCCAUCAAAAUCUCCAAGCAAAAAUCCAUAAAGAGGAUGAUGCUAAAUGAAAAAAAGUGAUAGAAAUAUUUGUUGAGAAAACUGGUAGUGUAUCACUAGGUACAUAUGUACAAAACUACUACUAGUUCUUUGUAUCUAUUCAAAUUGAAAGAAAGGUGAAAAAAAUGAUAAGGUAAAAGAUAGAUUACUGAAUAAAACUAUUUAUUCUUUACAA